UGCACAGGACUGAGCUCUCAGUCAGCUCUCGUGAUCGUCUUCCGCCAUCAGCACAUCCCGUCAGAAGAAGAAUCGGCUUCCAACACGAGGACGGGAGAGGUUCAAAAGAAAAUGGCAGCAAAGAAUCAAGAAGAAAAAGUAAAACCGAAGAAGCGCAGCAACAAGUCUAUUGAGUCGACUUCAGCAGCGAAACGAACUUGUGAAGACGCCUUCAAAAGCACCCAGAAGAAGAUUCCUGCGUUGGAAAGACAAGAAGCGAGCACUCCAGACAACCACCUGCAGAAGGCUGGGAUACACUCGUAUGGCAAAGAUAAGAGCCUAGCGGAUCACCACGAAUUUGCCAAACAGACUGUAGCCCCGACGAAGCUAGUCAUCGAACCAGAGCACGUGGACGAACUGCUGAAGCGAGUCCUGACGAGUUUAAUCGAGAUGCAGUCCAGCCUCGAAGAACAAAUGGAUAACGCGAAGAACCGUAUUUUCAUGGAAAUGGAUGAAAUGUUCAAAGAGGUAGACCGGUGCAGAACCGAAGUUGAAAGGGGCCGCAACAAUGCCGUGAUGCACGAAGUCAGAGAAGUGUCGACACGUCUAGCCGCCUUCCAAAACGAGGUCAACGAACGAUUCAAGGCAUUGAAGAAGAAGCUAGAUCAAAUGCCAGAUAUCGCGUCUAUGCCUCGAAGGAUCGAUUUGCAGUUGAAGAAUUGCGGACGAACGCGACUCAGGAUCAGCUAA